AGACCCAUGCGUCAUCAACCCUUUCAUCCUGGUGUGUUGGCGCUGCACCAAUCUGCGCAAAAUGGUCAUACACGGCUACUGGAUCUGGCAAUACGACCUGCUAGGCAUGGUCCGACUCCGACACAACACACUGCAAGAGUUCGAGGUGUCUGCAGUAUUCUCCAAGGACAACCGCACCGGGUGUUCCUCAGCCCACUGCAUGAUGCCGGCGGGGGUGAGGCGAGUGGUGCGGGGGGACCGGGCCAAGCCGAAGGAUGAUUGCUUUGUUAGGCAAAUCAACCGUCUCCUUCAAUUCCCGUGGCGUCCUGUCAAGCGCUUCUCCCAGCUGCACCCGGCGCUGUGGGCCAACGCCUCUCGCAGGGAUCAACUUGAGUAUGUCAUGCAGCAAGUCUUGCAGACCAACUAUGGAGUCACGUAAGAUGGUUGUGUGUAGUAUUGCAAUGUCUUCGUCUACUAUACUUAAGUACUGUUCUUGUAAUAGCGGAAUAGGAUCUGUUGG